GGUGACGUAGAGAACCUUGCGCAGCCGCAGCCCGGGAGGAGAAGAUGGUGCUUAUCAAGGAAUACCGUGUGAUCCUACCGAUCUCUGUGCAAGAGUACCAAGUCGGUCAGCUGUUCACUGUAGCAGAGGCCAGUAAGAAUGAGACGGGGGGAGGAGAGGGCAUCGAGGUGCUGAUAAAUGAACCCUACGAGGACGAGGGAGAGAAGGGACAGUACACGCACAAAGUCUACCAUCUAAAGAGUAAAGUCCCAGCCUGGUUGAGGUAUAUUGCACCAGAGGGAGCAUUAGUCUUCCAUGAAAAAGCCUGGAACGCCUACCCAUUCUGUCGCACCGUUAUAACGAACGAGUAUAUGAAAGAUGACUUCCUGAUAAAGAUUGAGACGUGGCACAAACCUGACAUGGGAACGCUGGAAAACGUGCAUGACUUGGAUGGUCCGACGUGGAAGACAGUGGAGGUAGUCCCCAUCGAUAUCGCAGACAAAGAUGUGGUGGCCCAUGGGGACUAUAAACCAGAGGAGGACCCUGCUCUCUUCAAAUCGACAAAGACGGGCAGAGGACCACUCUCACCUGAAUGGAAGAACGAUCUGAUGAACAAGACAGACUGUCCUAAGAUGUGUGCCUACAAACUGGUCACUGUCAAGUUCAAGUGGUGGGGCCUGCAGACCAAAGUAGAGAACUUCAUCCAGAAGCAAGAGAAGCGUAUUUUCACUAACUUCCAUCGGCAGUUGUUCUGUUGGAUCGACAACUGGGUGGAGCUGACCAUGGCAGACAUCCGACGAAUGGAAGAGGAGACCAAGAAAGAGCUGGAAGAGAUGCGUGAGAAGGGCACCGUGCGAGGAACCUCGGCAACCUCGGAAGAGUAGCCCCCGCCCCUGUAGGUCAGAGGCUGACUGCGUAGGUCAGGUCAGGUUCGAGGCAUGACUGCGGCUCAUGAGCAGUGAGGUUGACCAACAAAACCCUUCCAUGAUGAUGUUACCAUGUCCACAGAGGAGAGGAAGUCUCUGCUCUACUUCCUGUCUCCAAUGAUUCAUAUGGGGGGGGGGGGGGGUUGUCCUGAUUGGUCAAUGUUAUUGUACUGACCCUCAAUCACAUGCCUCCUAUUCACACAGAAAAACAAAAGCGGUUUUGCAUUUAAAGAAAAAUUUUAAACUCUUUGCACAGAAGGUAAAAUGUAAUUGUUAGUUGAUUAUAAGACGGGCUUCGUUUGUAUCCAGAGACACAGAAAGCCUUUUAAACAGAUAAGAAUGUUAUUUGUUGUUUUACAGUUCUCGGUAUGUUAUAAUUUCCCCCAAAAUUGGAAUAAGAUGAUGUAUUAACAGGCUUUGGACCAAUUUUAAUUUGUCGUGUAUUUGUGUUCCCUGUUUUUAUCAUACUGUAUCUGUCAUUCAGCCAUUGCUCUGGUUGGUUUCAUCCGUGUUUCUUCCCCCUCCCGAGACUACGGUCCGUACAAGCCCUUAUCCCAGUUGUAGUGGUCUGCAGACUUGAAACGCGUCCCAAAUGGCACCCUAUUCCAUAUAGUGCACCACUUCUGGCCUGAGCGCUGGGUCUGAACAGGGUGCCAUUUUGGGAUGUAGAUGAAGCAUUUUAACCCCUGGUCACUGUCCUGUCUGUCUGACAGGUGGCUGGGGAGACAAUUGUUCUUUUGAUUUGUCCCAGGUCUGUGGCUCUCUCUCGUAGAACGUGAUGUUUCUGCAUGACUUGAUUAUCCUUCGCUACCUUACAACAUAUAAGCCAGACCCACACACUCGUGAGUGCAUGUGUACAACUGCAACCCACAGUGACUGGCAGUGCAUGUGUGUUCAGAUGCCUCCGUACCCUGCCGUUAGGGAUUGUGUCCAAACGAGAAAGGGUUAGGAUCCUCUGUGGACACAACUAUGGCUACGUGUGUGUUUAGGAUGCUGCUUCUGAGUGGUUUUGGUACAGCUAGGCUUCUCGCUGCUCCCUGUUCCAGCCUGUUGUAAAUUGGCCUUGCGCUGUGGCUGCACCCCUCUCCUGUAAACUAGGGCUUCAAUACCAGGGCUGGGGGCCGGGUCUACUUCAACUCAGUCCUUUAAGGACUUCAACCAGAAAUUCCAAUUUAAACAUGUCAUUUCUUGGAUUGGACUUUCAAUGCAUUUCCUGAAUGGACUCCAUUGAAAUGGAAUUGGCCUCUGGUUUUUAACAAGAGGGCUGGUCUGCCCCAGGGCAACCUAGCUUCUAUUUUACUAUAACUGAUGAAGAGUGUGUGUAUACUGUAAAGGGUUUUGUAUAUCCUCUUGGACAAUUGUAGUUCUGUUUGUCAUGCUGUUCUCCCUCCACUCACCACUGUCCCAGGCAGCAACCAUCUGUCUAACAGAUAAGGGUUGUGAUCGAGUGGUUUAGCAUACUUCUACAUUUCUUGUAUGUUUUAGUUUUUUUUGCUGUGUUUUUUGUUGUUGCAUUACUGUCUAUUGAUCAUGUAUGUUGUCGUCAUUUCCCUUUUUAACGUGUUAAGGUUUUAAACAUUUCGUCAUUAUUUUUUUGCCUCGUGCUGCUAAAUCAGCUGUAUCUAGUACCUCCUUCAUGCCCCUUUGCUUUCUGCCUACUUGGAGUCACGUCGUGUGUUAAUGACAUCGGAGCGAGAGCUAGACUGGUGGCUUUAAAAAAAAUAUAUAUAUAGUAUUUGAUAGAUGAUCCCCAGGUCUGCUAUACCAUUAGGAGGGACAGAAAGACAUGGUCCUUGUGACUGUCCAGCUGUCCUGUGGGACUACCAGCCUAGUUCUACUACUGCAGUGUUGACCGUCCUCUGAUUUCAUAUUGACGAUAAUACAUGGUAGUCGGGUCUACUCUAAUGUUCCUGUCUUGUCUCCCAGUACUGUAACUAUAUACAGCAGGACGCUGGCUCAAAUGGCGCCCUGUUCCAUAUAUAGUACACUACUUUUGGCAGGACAAUAUCGUAAAUGGGGUGUUCAGGUGUAAAAUAUAAUCAUACUCUUGAUUUCAGAUCAGCAUGUUGUUCAGACACUGCUUCGAAAGAUUCACUCUUUUUUUCUGCCAAUGGCUAAGGUUCGGAUUUGGAGAAUAAUCUGAUCCCAGAUCUGUGACUGUGGUCAUUUGAUGUUCCGCCCCCAUGGCUUUCAUCAAUUCUGCAGUUUGACUGUACGAGGGUAAUACAAUGUGUCUGAGGUAAUGAAUUUCUCUGAAGUAUGCAAAGACAAUAUUUUAGUGCAGAUACAGUAAGUAAUACGUUCUCCAUCGGUGCAAUGCUGACCAUGUAGCUGCUGCAGCAUUAACAGAUAAGGAUAUAUAAAGUAUCUCUAUUUAAACUAGCUGAAGAUUUUGAUAGUUAAUUCCCAUUGUGAUAUUGUUUAAGAUUUUGAUCUCCUGGGUAAUGAACCCUUGGAGUGAGACACUGUUAAGUGAAACAGUGACGUUUUAUUUUUUGGGGCCAUUGUAUUGUUUCUCUUUUUAAUGUUUUGUCUUGUAGAUUUCAGCCAUUCCUGUUGGAUCAUUGUCUAUUGGGUCGAAUGUGACCCAUAACUGUCCCAUGAUGUGGGUUAGUCUUUAUAGAAACACCAGUGUCAACCAGGGGGUGAGGGGAGGGGUUGCACAUUUUUGUUCUAUCCCAGCACGAACACCUGAUUCAACUACUUAUCACCAAGCCACUGAUUAGUUUAAUCAGGUGUGUUAGCACAAACACGUGCAACUCUGUGGAUCCUCCCAGGAAGGGAUUGAGAAACACUGGCCUUAGGGCUCUAUUAAAUCCGUAUCAUGGAAGUUCAGCAUUACAGCGAGAUUGCAAUUUAAAGGCAAUGUUCCCGCAUUAGCGGUAAACACUGCAUAUGUCGGCUCAAUUGAAAAAUUACCUUUUAAAUUUCUAUCACGGACUCUGUAAUGCUUCAAAGAUGCAGAUUGAAUAGAGCCUUACAGUCCAUAACAUACUGUAUGUCUUGUCAUCAUGACCAAGCACUUGCAAAAUCUACUGUUCAUUUCCUUUGAAAGAUUUUCUGAUCACAAGGUCAAAUUCAUGGGAAUUUAGUAGUGAAUGUAAAAAUAUUUUGUUUCACAGCUGCUGAACUGUGGCAAGGUCUAGAUAAUGGAAUUGAACAGAAUAUCUAAUAAAAUGGAACAAACCUC